CCACCUCGACAUACACACUUGUCGUUUUUGGGCCCGCACCAGCCACAAAGCAAAGUGAUUGCACAUUUCAAAAGCUGACUGUGCAGUGCAAAUGACAAAAAUGAAGGGGAACUCGUUGAGGCUAAAUGAGCUGCCAGGGGCCACAACAAGUACUGGAAGGUGCAAUGGUAUUGGAAGGCGCAGUCAGGGUGGCCCUGCGAGAUGGGCGCCCCCCACAGAAGCUAUUGAUCUUGAGGAAGAGAUUGAAGCGCCCAAAAUGCAGUACACCGCUGAUAUCUACACUACACGUAGUUUCAUGGCCGCUUUUACAGCUACAGAAUCCGAAGAAGAGAUUGAUUUCGAGAAGAUGGAGGAGGAAGAGGAGGAAGCGGACUAAGAUAAUACGGAAGGCGAAGAGGAGGGCAAGGGCUCUGGGGAGGAAGAAGGAGGAAGAGGAGGGGGAGGAGAUAGAAGAGCAAGAGGAUGAAGAGAUCCAGGAGGAUGACGAGGACGAUUUCGCAGAAGAAGGCGAAGAAGAAACUUGAAUCAAACUCUUUAUCCAUCUGGGAGAAAACGAAAAGUACAAAUCGUACGGGGAAGUGAUUUUCUUCAUUGCGGCACGUGAUGAAAUAGAGGAUUUGGCGCUGGUCUGGCUGAAGGUGGAAACGCAAUUGACUAAGCUUAUCCUGCGGGGUCAGAGGAUGACAGUUUGGGAGAAGCGAAUAAAUUCGCAGCUCGUCAAGGCGAACAAAAAGGGAUUUAAGGAAUUUUGCAAAGUUGUGCAAGGGUACACCUACCUGGCACUUCGGCAUCAGCUUUCGUUGCCAAACGAGUCAAUUGGUAAGCCUACGACGAGCGGAGCUGCGAAAGGGCGAGUGGCGCCCGGUAAACAAACUACUCCUUCAGGCGGGUCCCCAAUUCAAUCCCCUCAGACUUGUAGGGGUUCCACCGGGGCGCCGGAUGCAGGUUCUGGGGCAAAAGCAAAGAGACAGAAAGCGUUGUCGGGGCGCACAAAGAUUCAGGAAGGGGAGGAGGAGCCAAAGUCCACGAAGAGAAAGGGGAAAGUUGAGGUCCGAAAGUCUGCAAAACGCAAGGAGAAGGUGAAAGAAAAGUUAGCGGUUCCACAAGAGCUCACGAGUAACGACGAGUCUGAGCGGCUAUCUCGAAUGUGGGAAGAAUUAAAAGAGUUGAAUAACAAGAAACUUGACGAUAACUCCUUCGCCCUUCCUGCGUCCUGCCUCCUUAGACCUCCUGUUGAUCCAACAACCGGUAAGAGACCUCUUGAGAUUCGUGAGCCAGAGGAGUCGUCGAUGAAGAAGAACUAUUUUGCAGACACUUUUGCUCACGUCGGGUUAAUUGAUCCUACACAGGCGAGCAAGAAGGAAGAUGUCGACUGGGACAAACUGGUUGGUGGCGAUUAUAAGAUUUUCGUUAUUGGUGGAGAGCACACACUGGCAAGGGAGGCAAGAGAACGUUUACGGAAGCUUCACAAGGAUGUCAAGCCUUUCAAGAAGGCCAAGUAUUUUAUUUAUGUCGGCCUCACAGUGGAGGAAGCUCGUAAGAUCGCAAACGAGCACAACCACAUUGCUGGGUUCCACCAGGAUUUCACUUUCAUUCAGAAGUUGAAGUGCUGGCGUGCGGUAUUUGAGUUGUUGGGCUGCAAAAAGAAUGUCGUCACGAAAACCGCUUGCUUGCGAGAACAAGGAAUUUCCAACCGUACCAGAGACCUUCUGCAACGGACGGACCGUCAAUUCCAGAUCUGCAUGCGGUCGAAAGAAGUGUGGGUCCUUCAACCGAAGAUAUUUGAUAUGUGGUUGAAGGGGGAUUGUCUGCACCAGAAGUUGAAAGUACCGUCUGGGAAGAAGUCAAAAGUUUCUCUGAAUGGAACUCAAGAGGAUGGCUCGGAGGAAAGUCGGCAGGCACAGAAGAAGAAAGCGAAGAGAACGUUGAUUUCAGCCGAAGCCCAACGUCAAAUGGAAGACGGAAAGAUUGUUGAGCCUAUGGACAUGCCACAAGCGCACUGGGUGGAAAUGGGUUCUUUGGAUGACCAGACAGUCAUUCCGAUUCUUGAGCAGGUGGCCGCAAAGCAGCUCUCGAUUGAUGGGAUGCUUCAGAAGUUCGAGGUGGCUAAGAGGGUUGGUCGUGUGGCGAAGUACUUCGUUACCGAGACAAACUCAAAAGAUUGGGAGGAAUGCAAAGCUCGUUAUCCACUGCAUACGACGAAGGAUCUUGUGGAGCCGUUCGCAAGUAAUUGGAGGCAGAAGGCGGACGGGCCCAAAGCGAUGGAGUCGUACGUCAAGCGCGCUAAGGCUUGGAAAGAGCUAAACGACAAGAGAGAGGCCCAGACCCAGAGCCGGAAAUUGAGAGCGACAUUUGCAACAGCAGCGACUACUCACUUUUUGGAUUGGACGGAGGUGAAACACGACGAUCACUGCGGCAACAUCAAAGUCGUCGAAGGGGACAUGAUGGACUUGAAGAAUUUGCAGGAACUGUUCCCGUUCUCUUUAAUCAUCUGCGACUUCCCUCACGGGUUUGAUCUUCCUAUGUCGUCUUAUGAUUUCGUUCCUUUCCCCGAGGAACAUAUUGUCCAGGUGCUUGAGAACCUCAAGGAGGUAUGCAGUCGGCCGCUGUGGACAAUUGCUGGAUUCUGUUAUCUUGAUAUGCUUCCUUCAGUACGGAGAGCCUACACCAGGGUUUGCAAUGCAGGGCAGGAGGUGGUCACCUGGCAGUUUUGCGUCCUUGGAUAUUACAGCCAGAGUGGUACUCGAGAGGCGGCACAUUACAAUUUUGCCUCCACCGACCCAAGACACAACUACCGUCUGUUCGACGCUGUCAUGAAGAAGUACAUUCACCCAACUGACCUGAAAGUGCUUUGUCCGUACCAGAAGCUCGUCGCAUUGUACGCUUGGUUGGUUGAAAAGUUUUCUCCUCCUGGCUCCUAUAUUAUAGAUGGCUUUUCCGGUUCAUGUGUACUUUGUAACAGGAAUUGCCUUGUCGUCGACAAGUGUUCCCAGUGCAUCAAGGGCAUUCGCGCCCGCAUUCUAAAUGACAUUGGCCCGACAAUCAAGAGGGAAUGCAGGCGCAAACAGGCGGAAGAGGAAGACAAGUUUUACAACUGCGCGGUCGCCCCUGAAGAGGCGACCACAUCGAAGCCAAAUGAGCCGGCAGUGGAGGAGGCGGAGGUUGAAAGCCCUGUGAAAGAAUCGAGUGCUGGAGCUCCAACAACGAUGGCGGCAACAAUAGUCACUGCAGCAAACUUGGACGCUCCAGGAGCUCCAACAAAGACGGCGCCAACAGCAGUCACUGCAGCAUUAUCCAAGGACAUGGCAGCUGCAGAAGAAGCAAUUCUGCCUGCAGAAGCAGCAGCAGUUCAGCAGCAGAAAGAAGCGUGCACAUAAGCAGCAGGAGUUUAGCAGCAAAAAGAAGCGUGCACAGAGAAAGAGGGGGGAGAGUGUACGACCCGCGCAGGACCUGCGGCCAGCCAAAACUCCUUGCGGGGCACAACGACAAGGAGAAAAAAACGGAAGCUUGCCGGUGAAGAGGUUAUAAGCCCCCUCCUGAAGAAACAUGUAAUUGCGUUGGGCUCCAGAGCGGCCCAAGGCGGCAAAAGUUAGCUUCGCUUUGCAGGAGACUCA